AUGCUGUCGCUGAAGGCGUCCAGGGCGGACAACUUCUACUACGGUAGUGUAGAGGACGAGCGAAUCAAGAAGAAACAGGAGGAGAAAAAAAGAAAAAAAAACAAAAAGGAUUACAGCGAAAUCAAAUUUGAAGUGCCAUACACCAUUAUAUGUACCAAAUGCAAAGCGUAUGUUUACAAAGGGGAGAGAUUUAACAGUCAGAGAAGACAAGUGGGCUUCUACUUGAGUACCCCAUUUUAUUCCUUCUCAUUUACGUGCAAGAAAUGCCAUAAUGAAAUUGCCUUUGAAACAAAUCCGAAGGAUUGCUCGUACGAUAUCAUCCAGGGGGCCAGAAAAAAAAACGAGCAGUUCGAAAAUGUCCUAACAGAACAGGGACGCAAUAAUGUUAAUUCCAUCGACUUUGAAAAAAAUAAGAAAAAAAAAAUCAACCCUUUUCUGCUGUUAGAAGUUGAGGCCCUCCGAAGGAAGGGGCGCCACGGUGAACAGGAUACCCAGUGGAGUCGUGAGGAAGCCACAGACAGGGGUGAAAAAGUCACAGACGGGGGUCAGGAAGCCACACACGGGGGGAGAAAACCAGCUACUUCAGACGCACACGAGGAACUUCCCAGCGAUCACUCCUCCGGAGGGGAACUGCCCCAUGAGGAUCGCUCGAAUGAGGAGGAGGAGGAGGAGGAGGAGGACGACUCCCCAAGUGAAGAACACAUGAAUGACGUUAUCAAACAAAACUACCGACGAAACCAUAUGAUGAAAAAUGACUUCUCUUGCAACAGCAAUCUGAGGAAGCAGUUGAGGGAGAUGAAGAGGGAGAAAAUUCAGCAACUUGAAGAGCGCAAGCGGAAAAAUAUUUUUAUAGAUAUUGUGGAAGGGGGGGACCCCCUGGAGGAGCUGCUCGUAAAGAGGUAUGUGCGGUUUGGGGAGAAAUUCAGGAGGGGCAGAGGCGCCCAGGGAGAAGGCACCCAGGGAAAGGCCACCCAGGCAGAAGGCACCAAAGCGGGAGGCGCCAAAGCAGGAGGCGUCCGCCCCAGUGGUCACCGCAGUAAGGACCGCUCAGGGUAUGACCCCCCGAUUAAACGCAAACUUGCAAAGAAUAACUUAAUAAAAAAAAAAAAGAGUAGCAUAUUUGACAAGAAGUACCUCAAAAAGGGGAGGUAA